AUGGCCAGACACAACUUCAUUCUAGCAGAUAGCUUGAGUCAGAAAGGGUGGGAUGUCAUUAUACCCGACUACUUUGAAGGUGAUGGAUUGCCCAUUCAACUUCUAAAGCGUAAUCCCAACCUGUCUAUCGAUGAACACCCAUGGUCGGAAGAAGACAAGGACAAACUACGAAACCUGGACUUUCCUACUUGGACUAAGCGCCAUGACCAUUCGCGAGUGUCCGAGAUACUCGGAAGCUUGCUGAAGGAACUCGACGUCCAAUACAAAGGGUGUCCUCGGUUUGGAGUUGGCUAUUGUUUUGGAGGCAAACAUGUCUUGAGACUCGGUAAGCAGGGUCUCAAAGCUAUCGCCGCUUUUCACCCAAGCUUUGUCGAAGAACAAGAUCUCGAGGGCGUUCAAGCGCCAGUCUACAUUGGCCUGGCGGGAGCAGACACGAUGGUCCCGGCGUCUCUGCACGAUGACCUCAUGAUGUGGAGGGCAAAUGGCAUGGAAAGAAUGGUACCUUUUGAGAUGGAAGUGUACCCAGAUAUGCCGCACGGUUUUGCGGCACGGCCGGAAAGUGAGAAUCUCAUUAUACGCGCUCAGUAUUGUAAGGCCUUGGAGAAAGCCGCUGAGCAUCUAGCAAAGUACAGCGAGACUUGA